AUGGACGAGGAUGGCAUCCCUAAGUACCAGCUUUAUCUCGGAAGUGAAGAAAGAAAAUUCGGCUUAUUCCUUCAGCAGAUUGUCGACUGGAUAACUAUGACUGAAGAGAAACUCCUCGCAGACUCGCUUCAACUAGAUUCAGUUGUAAAACCUGAAGACUCAAUAAGCUUUGCUGGCGCGUCAGAACCAUGAAAGGCAUCAAGAGCCUUUAAUGCUUCUAAGCUUUCAAAACUCUCAAGUGGAGCAAGUUCGCGUGGCAGCCGCACCUGA